UGCACACACACACACAUAUUGUCACUCGCUCACUGUCUGUCAGUGUCUGCUGUACACACACACACACAUAUACAGUAUUACAGUGGAAUCCGCCUUGCUUUCAUAUAGGCUCUCUGCUUUCGGAGGCAGGAAGGAAAGCCUGCAGCACCACUUCGGAGUGUAGGGAUACUCCACUUCUCCACAUCUGUUUGGAUGCUCCAGAUGAGUGUACUUGCUGCAGCGGCACAGAAGUCAGACAGCAGCAACAACGGUGACAUGCAGUCAGCCGCAGUGGCUCCUUCCUUCAUCCCCAGCCAGCCGGGAAAGAUACCGGGCAGGAAGAGGGGGAGGCCCCCCCUCCGCAGCGUGGCUAAGAUGGAUUUCCCAACCCGAUACCCCGAGUUGCUCCCGCCGCUCAAAGUGCCGAAGAAGAGGGGAAGAAAGCCAGGCUUCAAGCUCAAACCCCGGAUGGUGAUGACUCCUUUGGCAAUUUCCCCACCCAGCAGCACGCCUGAGCCUGAUAUGAGCUCUAUCCCUCAGGACGCUGCCACUAUCCCCCAUUCUGCCACAGCCCAGGUGCUAACAGUUUGCAUCUACAUCAACAAGCAGGCCAACACUGGCCCCAACCUGGACAGGAAGAAGAUCCAGCAGCUUCCUGAUCACUUCGGACCAGACAGACCCUCAGUGGUGCUGCAGCAGGCCGUCCAGGGCUGCAUCGACAGCGCCUUCCAGCAAAAAACGGUGUUCACUCUCCUCACGCAAGGCUACGGAGGAGAAAAAAUAUCAGGUGCUGUACCAAGACCUCGACCAGCCACAUUUGAUGGGAAGCAGCAUCUUUUGAGCCUCCCUGUGGUGAACAGCAUCGACUAUGUGCUUCGUUUUCUCAAGAAGCUGUGUCGCAGCCUGCACUGUGAAAACCUCUUCAGUGAUCAGCCCAUUAGCCAGCGCAGCAGUGGAUCCUAUCACUCAGAUGCUGAGACAUCUGUGACUGAGGACUAUCAUGGAGACCAGUCAGAAGCCAAGCGCUAUCCCGUCGACCAUGGUGAUUCUGCUUUUGGCUCCAUAAGCUCCUCCUAUUCGUCAAAGUCCUCCUACGGGUUUCGCUCUUCGCAGCAGUUCUCCAGUGGCUCAGGCUCCAUGAAUAUGUGCAGGCAGCCGGCCUCCAGCCCAAACAUGUUUCCAGAUGGCAACAGAACAGGAGGAUAUAAUGUGUCAACAGAAUCCCAGGAAUCCAAAGCUCCAGCCAAUAAGGACCCAACCACAUGGACUGUGGAAGAUGUUGUUUGGUUCAUCCGAGAUGCAGAUCCCCAGGCUCUGGGCCCUCAUGCAGACAUCUUCAGGAAACACGAGAUAGACGGAAACGCUUUGUUGCUGCUGAAGAGCGACAUGAUCAUGAAGUACCUCGGACUGAAGCUCGGACCGGCCUUGAAGCUGUGCUACCACAUCGACAAACUAAAGCAGACAAAGUUCUGAAAACUGUGCCAAGCUCGGAGUCCGGUAGAACAUUCAAGAAGGUGUCGGUUCUUUGGACGGCAGGUCUGUGAUCCAAUGGGAAAAAAAGUUUCCAUUGUAUUUAGGAUCCCCACAAUAAAGAUCUGUCUCCUUCCUAUACUUUACAUAUUCAAUCUUCUAGAAAUAUGUUUCAUGUAGUUACAUUUCAACAAAAGUUUUACCUUAAUUUUAACAUUAAAUGCUGCCACUUAUGUGAUUUUGGAGUAAGGGGGCGUUUUGGUGGACAUAAACCUGCAUACAGUAACUAAUUUAUGCUGGAAGAGGCUAAAAACCUGAACGUUUGCUGUUAGGAGGGAAAAAGUUAAUUUCAGGUUCUUAAAUGUGUUAGAGACUUAAUCAAUUGUCUGUGGCUGUGAAAUUGUUGAAGAAUCAAACCAACAGAGCAAAUCCAAACAGUUGGACAGCCAAAGAAUCUGAUCAAACAUUUGCAGACAACAACCCCACACACACACAUACACACACACUAUAUUCCCAGGGGCUCACAGACCAGAUGACUCUUUCUGAAACAGUUUGCCAAACAUUUCAUGAUGUCACAUGUGAAUAUCACAAAUUCGUCUCUCUUUCUCUUCCUACCUGAUCUACUUUCACAGAUCUGGACAUACAGUUCCAGUCAGAAGUCACUCAUCAUUGGCAUGGAUGUUAUAUUAAUUUUGGACUUUCAACAUAAAACUUGGGGACAACCUUGUAAUGCCUUCAUUUUCUCUUGGAUUCAAAACUGCUACCUCUAAAAGAAUCCGCAGCACAUUGUUUCCACACUGAAGUGUAAUUUUCCCUUAGAAAGAAGAAUCGGAGUUGAUCAAAAUUAGGAAUCAGUAGGUCCGACCUUCAAAGAAAACCAGUUAUCAGUGUUGCCAGAAGAGCCCAAUUGGUGCAUCUUUAGUAUUUGAACAACUAGGUACAGAUUAUCUUUUUUUAAUAGCUUCAAAAUUUCACAUACAGGCUCAAAUACACUGUUGUCCAUAAAGUUGAAAGAAAAUAUGUUUUACGUCUUCCCGUAAAAGAUUUUUUAUAAUUUGAUUUAUUCUUGACAGAUAAUCGAACCACAAUUAAAAGGAGAAUGUGUCUGAAAACAUUUUCUAACUAUAUGGGCAGCAGUGUGUGUAUCUACACUUCCUCUAAUAUUUAAAUAAAUGUCGCUUAGAAAGUUUCAUCCACCAUCUUUGUAGCCAUAAACAAGAUCCUAAUUUACUUCUAGAUGGCUAUUUGGUUACUGUUUUUAUCAGAAAUGGAAGAGUUAACUUAAAUUGGUUUCUUUACGGGUAUGGACCUGGUUCUGAUGUGGUUGUGGGAUAACAUCCUGUUUUGUCCAGCUAACGUUUGAUUUGUGAUGAAGUUAAAGAAUUUAGGAAAAAUCCUCCUUUUUUUUUUUAUCUGCCCACUUUGUGCAAACAGGGCUACAAUUGGCAAUGCUGCCAUCACUAUGCUUUACAAUUGGUUUAGACUUCUUAGGACUGAAGGCCUCACCGUGACUUCUCUAAACUUUCUUCAUGUCAAGUGGUUUCUAUGGUUAUGUCAGACUUAAACACUAAGAGACAACUGGGUCUUCCAUUCGGACAAUAUUCCUGAAGACCAGGACUGCACACUAUCAAGAAAACAAGUAACUGCUAUAUUAUUGUUAAGUAUUGCGAAGCUAAUAUAAAUUAUGACUAAUCCAUACAUUAAUAACGCUUCCCUUUCUUUUCCUUCAUCACAAUGUCCUUACCACUCUUUCUUAACUUUUGCAUCUAAAUUACUAAAAAUAUGCAAGUGUAAGGUGUGAGGGCAGUGAAUAUCUAUCUAAAAGGCAAACUAUUAUUGGCAUGCACAAUUUGCAUGGAUGGCACUUAAAAUAUAAUAUCCUACCAAUUAUUACAUCCAAGCAAUCAUUGGCGAUUGCAAUAUCGCAUACAUCGAUAUUACAAUGGCAGCUGCUAUUCGAUAUAUGCUACACUGCUCAAAAAAAUAAAGGGAACACUUAAACAACACAAUAUAACUCCAAGUAAAUGAAACUUCUGUGAAAUCAAACUGUCCACUUAGGAAGCAACACUGAUUGACAAUCAAUUUCAC